AUGGCGCCGACCGCGACUACCCCGACCAGCAGCGGCACGCCAACGGCAAUACCGAUCAUCACCACGCCUACCCCCUCAGACGGCUUCAAUGGCGAAGACUUCAUCAACAAUCUCGGCAGCGAUUUGGCGCCUCUCUUGACGCUUUUCGGAGAGCAAGUCACGAAACAGUUUCUCAGCAUGUCGCUUGGCUGGGCCGAUCAUAUACUUCUCGCUGUCGGUCCGCUGGGAAUAAUCACCACGGUAGUUUCCGCGAUUCGAGUCUCAAACGUCAGAGUUUUGAAGGCUAUCAUCGGCCGUGCGCGAGAGAAGAUCGCGACAGCGGAGCUGGAGCUGCUCUCAUCGACUUCAGAUGCCACUUCAGAGCUUUGGACGGAGGAAGGAGUCGUGCGUCAAGCGGGUCAUGCUAAGAUCCUCGAGAUGGUCGUCUAUAAAUGCAAGCCGAUCUCAAAUCAGGCUGAAAUUGGACUUGAAGAUCCUAGUCAAAAUUACAUCGGCGAUCUGAGUGACGUGUACAAAAGAGGAGUCCUCAUAUCUGACGCACAAGGCGAUUCAGAGACGGACAACGAAAUGCUCGCUAAAAGGCUUACCUAUCAGCCACCAAAUCUCACACUCAACGUUCACGGUGCCCUUCCAGGGAGCGGAGAAUUAUGGGCAUUUGCAAUGGUGGGCGUGCCAGCAGAUUACGGCGCUUUUGAGUUGCUUACAGGCUUCAUGGAUGCACUGUGGCGAGGUAUGAAUCUGAAGUAUCAUGAAGAACGCAGGCAUUGGUAUGCGGAACGGAACAUGAGUGACAAGGUCAUAGAUACUGAUAAGGUUGUGAGGCAUCUUAUCGGAUCUGGGCUGGUGAGCAGCGAGAUAGAUGCGAAAGUUUUGGUCUUUUCAUCGCUUGCGCGAUGCACAGUAUGGAAGAAUCCACCAGAUCCAGAUGAGCCUACUAUUACAACCGAUCAGGAUCUCGACUCUUCUUCACCGAGUAUUCCCGGCACUCAAGAUGAGCGUCUGCAACGAGAAGAAUCAAAACGCAACACCUCUGGAAAAGCGGAAGCAGAUGAAAGUCCGCGAGACAACGCUGAAACCCCAGGCGAACCCGAACACCGACCCAUUUCUGCACCGGGUAUACCAACAACCAGCAUAUCUGAAGCCGUACAAGCAGCAGAGAGCUCAAGAACCGACUCUAUAGCUCCGGAAGGUUCUGUGCACCAGCCUAAUUCUACACAGAACGGACCCGUACCUAGUCUCUCUGCGGUCGUUCAAGAAGGACAUAGCUCGAGAGCUGGCGCGAUAACUCUGGACGCCCCGGAAGAUGAGCCUACCCUUACAGCAACCACACCGUCACCUCGUACUUCAGAAACCAUGUCGUCGCAGCAUGACAAAGGCAAGCAUACAGGAAAUGCGAGCGUUCUACACGAUUAG